AUGUUUCAGACCGCAUGGCAUUCAUUUUAUGUCGUUUGGACUUUGUUCAAACAUUAUGUUUUCAGUCUACGUAAAGUCGCUGCUUUGUUUGGCAUGUUAAUGGUGUUUAUUAUGCUGCACGCUAUCAGAAAGCAAUACAAAAAUUCUCUUGGUGGUCAUGUUAACAAACCAGUUUUGUACAUACUCACCGCAACAUACCAAAGAAGUGUUCAAAAAGCAGAACUUACAAGAAUGUGUAACACACUACACAAUUUGGACGAUAUUUUAUGGAUCCUUGUGGAGGACAGUGCACAACCUACACGAGCUGUAACAAAUAUCCUACAUGAUUGUGGCGUUCCUUAUGUGCAUUUGAACAUCCCAACUCCUCCCUCAGAAAAGCCUAGAAUUAAUGAACCCUAUUGGCUACGUCCUAAGGGUAUACUUCAGCGUAAUCUUGGGCUUCAGUGGUUGCGUCAGAAUCUUAUUUUGGGUAGAAACAAAGGUGUUUUAUAUAUAGCAGAUGAUGACAACUCUUAUAGUUUGCGCAUUUUUGAAGAAAUGCGUACUACGAGCAGGGUUUCAACAUGGCCGGUUGGAUUUGCAGGUGAACUUCCAUGGGAGGGUUGUGUGACAGCUAGAAGUAAAAGGAAUAUUACACGCAUGUGGUCGGUGUACAAACCAGAGCGCCCAUUUCCAAUUGAUAUGGCGGGAUUUGCUGUUAAUACUGACCUUAUUCUUAAAAAUGAGAAUGCCGGAUUCGACUACAAACGCCCACGUGGAAUGCAAGAAUCACAAUUUUUGUUAGAUCUUGGUUUGAAAAAUUGGAAAGAAUUGGAACCGCUGGCAGAUGGUUGCCGAAAGAUUUUGGUAUGGCAUACGCGUACAGCAGAACCAGUAUUAGCACUCUGGAAUAAGCUGGAAUCUCAAGGAGUCAUACCUCCAAUUAUCGAUGAUUGGCCAUAG